UGUUCCAAUGUUUAACAAACAUUUCCAUGAAGAAAUUCUUCCUGAUGUUCAGCCUGAAUUCACCCUGGAACAGUUUGAUGCUAUGUCCUCUUGUCCUGUCACUGCUAGCCUGGGAGAAGAACUUGGCUCCACCUUGCUACAGUCUCCUUUCAGCUAGUACCAGAGAGGUCUCCUGACACCUUAUCAUGUCUUGCUAACCUAGUGGCCUUCUACAAUGCAAUGACUGCAUCAGUGGAAAAGGGAAAAGUCACGGAAGUCAUCUACAUGGAUUGUUAGGAAGUGCAAAACAAGCUGCUGUAGUUGACUCUCUUCUGAGGGAAAAGAAGAGAUGCCAACUGGACCCAUCCCACAGGGAAGUCUGCUGCCUCCCUGAUGCUCUGGAAAGGCACAGGAGUAACCCCUGAGAAAAUCCCUGGCAUCAGAAAAUCUCUGAUCUGGUCCACAAGGUCUGGAGGGUCAAGCCAGGCUUUUUCCACUGCUACAUGCUGCCAUUGGCAGCUCUCAGUACCCAUCCAGGAGCCCUCAAUAGUGUUUCCCCAGCCCUGCCAAGCCCAGGCAGUUGGGCACUGCAGAGGACAACUCAUGAUCAGGACAUCGCCAUUUUGCAAUGCGUAACACCUUUAGGGAGUGCCAGCGCCAGCAAUGGGAAGCAUCUUGUCAUUCUUAAUUCGAUCCAGACUGCCAAAAAGCAUAGACAGGACCACGGAAACAGAGUGGAACUGCCCUAUCUGCCGCGAUGCUCGAGAUGACCUUGCUUACGUGAUGCCCUGUCUCCAUCAGUUCUGCCUGGCCUGCAUUAUACGUUGGGCAGAGAUGCAAAGAGUGUGCCCACUCUGCAGAGAACUGAUAGAAGCUGUCAGGUUUUCUGUGCAGACAGACAGCUACAUAGACUGUGUCUUCACAAGUUCUGAAGAGUCAGCAAAUGCCAGCAGCUCGACAGGAAUAACUCUUGGACAGCUGGUUAAAAACAGUCCGUUUGUGGAGUCCCCUUCACGUGCUCCACGGGGGAUGCUAUCCACAUCAGAGCAUGAAGGUACAGAAGCAGAGCCCGUGGGUGGCCUCCUGCCUAGACUGUGGGCAGAACUUUUCCAAAGAGAAGAGCAUCUCCUUGACCCUGUAGUGCCCUGGCUGCGUCAGGAGCUGGAGGCAAAGUAUGGGACUAGGUGGUGGAUGGCAAGGAUUGCAGAGAGCAUCAUCCUUCAUGCCGUGUCCAUCUGUGGUCCAGCUAGGAAUGUCUUGAUCCAUGUGCUGCAGGACUUCCUUGAGGAACAUACAGAACCACUAAUCAAUGGCCUUAUCAGCAUAAUUGUGAAUGAGUGCACACAAGAGGCCCAAAGGCUGAUACACUUCCCACCUGACUCACAGAACAAUCCUAUGGCCAUAUCCAGCAGAUUUCAGGUGGAUACUACAGCUCCCCACUCAACCCCUACCAGCAGCGACAGUGAGGAGCACCAAUCCAGCCCAUUGGAAGCUGUGCUCGACACCCUUCACCCAUCUGUUCCUACCCCUGCCGAGCAGGAGGAGCUGAGGGAGGAGGCAGCGGCAGAAGAACCUGGCAGGGAGGAGGACAACAGCACUGUGGCCAUCUUCACCAGCCCUCAGGAGGAUAAUCCUGCCCCACAGGCAGACACUGCCAGCAUCCCUGUGGGGUCCAGCAUGGAGGACCAAGCCAACAUAUCAGGAACUGUCCUCCACACCCUGCACCUAUCUGCUCCCACACCUGCAGAGCAGGAGGAGCAGGAGCUGGCAGCAAUGGCAGGUCCCUCUGAUGAAGGUGACAGCCACAGCCCCUCCACUCCCAGCCAGGGUAGGGACCCCUUGCCCAGGAGGCUUCAGCAUUCCACAAGGAGGAGGGCUUCCAGCCAUCUGGACUCUCCCCAGCCCCGCAAGAUGCGACCCAAUCAGCAGAAGUAGCUGGUCUUUAUUAAAGAAAGAUGAAAUAAAUUGCAAUAUCCCUG